CGCUCAUCUAUAUUUUCCUGUGCUCUGCUUCGGAUCGAAUCGUGUCUCCUGUGAACACCUGAAGAGGACGGUAAUAAUGUCUUCGCGUGGGAAACUCCUAGACUGGUUGAAGCCCCUAAGAAGCGAGGCCAUCGCACGACUACGUACCAACUCUGUGGGACUGGCUGGCCUGGCGAUUCUCUCUCAUUUGCUGCCCGUCCCUUCGCCUUGGAGAGCAUUUGAUACUGUCUGGGGUCGGAAUGUGGGCAGCGGGCCGUAUUAUUACAUCUGUGCAGCAGAAUUGCUCGUCUUCGGCGUGUUCGCCUUGAACAUUCUACAAGCGGCGUACGCUCUGAAUUAUCCUCGUGCGCCACUUCCUCCACCUCCCUCCCCCGCAAAACCCCCAAAGAACACGCCUUUGUCGCCACCUACGCGUCAGUGGCGCCUGCAAGGGCUGACACCUUCGCCAAGCUCGCAUCGACAAAAGGCCUUCUCCAGUUAUGCACCCUCCCCCGUUUCGACACCGUCCCGCACGAUAAACUACACAAUCCCCGGGUCCACUAUGUCGCCACCUGACGCGUCCUUCCUCUCCUCCAUUUCCUCGGUCCCGCCCUCUCCUUCUUCUCCUUUGGCGGCGUACAGAGGACGUCAUAGCGCAUCGGUUGGCCGCGCUUUCGAUGGUUCUCUGCUCAGCCGACUGGCGAAGGACGACUCGGACGAUGACGAUUCAUGAUACACAUAUCUG